AAAAAAAAAAAAAAAGUGGGUGACAAUUUUUUUUUUUUUUUUUUUUUUUCUUUGAGACAGUCUCACUCUAUCCAGAGUAGAUUGCAGUGGCGUGAUCUCAGCUCAUUGGAACUUCUGCCUCCCAGGUUCAAGCAAUUCUCCUGUCUCAGCCUCCCAAGUAACUGGGGACUGCAGGCACACACCAUUGUGCCUGGCUAAUUUUUGUGUUUUUGUAGAGACAGGGUUUCACCAUGUUGGCCAGGCUGGUCUCGAGCUCCUGAGCUCAAGCCAUUUACCUGCCUUGGGCUCCCAAAGUGCUAGGGUUACAGGCUGUGCAAAGUGGGACCCCAUGCCUGGCUCAGGGGUCAUUUAAUUUGCAUUUCAAAUCUGCUAAAUUUAAUAGGAUUUCAUAAAGCAUUACUGACCUUUCUUUAAGCUGGGGUCUCACUCUGUUGCACAGACUGGAGUGCAGUGGUACAAUUGCUGCUCAUUGCAGCCUCGAGCUCCUGGGCUCAUGUGAUCCUCCCACCCCAGCCUCUCAGAUAGCUAAGACUACAGGUGCACGAUACCUACCACGCCUGGUUAAUUUUUGUCUUUUUUUUAUUUUUAAAUAGAGAUGGGCAUCUGUCUAUGUUGCCCAGACUUGUCUUGAACUUCUGGGCUCAAAUGAUCCUCCUGCUUCGGCCUCCCAAAGUGCUGGGAUUACAGGCAUGAGCCACCAUGACUGGCCUUACUGGCCUCUCUAACCUGCCAACAAUCGGGGCCACCUCUGCCAGGAGCACUUUCAUAUGAGUUCAGUCCAGAAGGAAAGCCCAGUGUCGCUCCUGCAUCUUGUUGUGGGCACCUUGACUUCCUGUGAUGCUUCUCUUUUGACUUCAAGAUCUAGACAUGGCUUGAGAUCCCAAGGCUGGCCCUGCCUGGCCAGGCCAGAAGAAGCAGUGCGGCACAGGUGUUUUCUGGGCCCUCCCCAGGCACAGGAAGGACCUGAAGCUCCUGCUGCAGGGCCCCCAGAGCUUCCCACCCAGGCCGGGACCCAGCUGUCUCUUUGCAUGCUCCCCGACCCCUCCCGACACAGGUGCCAUGGGGUGCUUGGUGUGUGGGACUAUGAAUACCAGAGGAUCCCGCUGCUCAUCAACCACAUGCCUGUCAAGAUCCGGAGGGCCCACAUGGGCAUGGGGGUCAGGAGUGGCUUCAGUCCCCAACGGGCCUCCAGGAACAGCUACCAGCCCUCUGGGCAGAAAAAGUUCCCCACCGAGGAGCUACAUGACAUCCAGGGGGAGCUGCAGCAGAUCAAAGCCCAGGUGGACAGCCUACUGCAAAGUCUGGAGCACGUGGACCAGCAGCAGGUCCCACCCGCAGGUGAAGAACCACGCAGACGACCAGGACAGCCAGGAAGCAGCAGGAACCCCUCCAGGCUCAUCAGCUCCAGGCAUUCUGGGAUAGAUGGCUCCUUGUCUGGCGUAGUAGGUUUUGAAGACCACCUUAGCACCCAUGCAAACUGACAUGCCUCACCUGGAGCUGGGGCAAUGGAAGUAGAUGCGGGGCUUGGCCAGACAAGCAGAAGGCCAACCUGUAGUGGUGGGUUUAGCUUCUUUAGAGGUUGCAUUUCGAGAUGAUGGUCCUGGGACCGACAGGGUCAGGGAGGUGGCCUGGGACUGCACCAGGUUGCCAUCCUCAUGAAGCUGAGGUUGUCUUGCAAAGGGGCAGAUGACAGCCCACUCCUACCCCACCCCAGAGCUCAGAGGGCACCCUCAGCCUUGUCUGAAUGCAGACACGGCUGCUCUUCACUCCCCUCCCGAUGCACCACCAGCCAACAGCUGGCCAACAUAUCUCUCUGAGUUCCCAUUCUCCCUGAAACUGCUGGAGUGCUCUCAGUCUGCACGCCCCCCACAGCCCUCUUUGGGCUCCAGA